UCGCGGAUUGGCGAGUGAUCUCCCGUUCUACGCGAGCAUGAUUGGCGCGGGCGAGAGAUCGCCGAAAUCCCACGAGAAGCAGAAGAAGCGCAAGCGCCGCGAGAAAUUCAGCGGGGCGCCCAGCUCGAAGGAGGUUAAGGGCACUUUCGCCUGCCCCAGCUUCGG